AUGCAUAAACCGAAAAACUCGUCAUCUCUAGCGUCAUCGACAAACGGUGAUACUGCCGCUACUAAUGAUAGUAGUAAUGGAACAACAGAAGGUACGAAUAGAAAUAUCGUGCUGCCUCAACGUGUGCGUCAGCCGUUUCAAAAUUUUCGUCUAAUCUGGCUUGAUGCCAAUUUCGAUGGACCGACAAAUCAGUAUAGAAAAUCAAUACAGAAUCUACAACCUAUCGUAGCAACAAUCACAACAUUUACUGAUGCUGACCAAUGCAUUGAUUUUCUCAGUGAUAUUGAAAAUGAAAAAAUAUUCAUGAUUGUGUCUGGUGCACAGGGAAAAUAUGUAAUACCAGAAAUUCAAGAAUGCCCACAAUUAGACUCCAUAUAUGUUUUCUGUGACAAUCAGUCGAUUCAUGAGCAAUGGGCGAAAACAAUACCUAAGGUAAAAGGUGUUUACACACAAAUUGAACCGAUUUGUAAAGCAUUACAAGUCGAUUGUGAACAUUGUGACCGAGAUAAUAUCUCGAUCAGUUUUCGUGGCAUUGAUCCGUUGUUUAUGUAUACGCAAUUGCUUAACGAAAUAUUUUUGAAAAUCGAUGAUGACGACGAUAAAUCCGUCACAGAACUCGUUGAGUACUGUCGACUUCGAGGUGAUAUCACUAAAGAUUAUAUUGAUAAGGUCGAACAAGAAUAUUGUCUGCACACACCCAUUUGGUGGUAUACAGCACCAUAUUUUAUGUACUCCAUGCUCAAUCGUGGUCUUCGAUUGAUGGAUGUUGACAUUAUACUCAAAAUGGGUUUCUUUAUUAGACACUUACAUCGGCAUAUUGAAAGCUUACAUCGACAACAGCAAUCGUACAGCACCAACGCUAAUGCACCAUUUCAAGUUUAUCGAGGUCAAAGUUUAUCUAUCCAAGACUUCGAGAAAAUGAACAAAACAAAAGGUGGGCUUAUGUCUUUCAACAAUUUUCUUUCAACAAGUUGCAAUCGCAAUGUUUCCUUGGAGUUGUUUGCAAGGCCAGCCGCAAUUUAUAAUUCUAACGCUGUUGGAAUAUUCUUCGUUAUGACCAUUGAUCCUAUACUAUGCGCAACAUCAUCCAUUCCUUUUGCCGACGUAAGAAGCAUCGGCUUCUUUGAAGAUCAAGAAGAAGAGAUUCUUUUCGCAACACACACCAUUUUUCGCAUCGACCAAAUCGAGCCGAUUCCCGACGAGCAUACUGAUCGCCUAUGGCAAGUCAGUCUCACCAUCAUUGGUAACGAAAAUCACGAUUUGAAUGCACUAACAGCUCAUAUACGUGACGAGAUAAAUUUAACAGCGACCACAGGAUGGUCUCAACUAGCGUUGAUCCUUCUUAAACUGGAUGAACCUUCAAAAGCCGAGCAACUCUGUCAGAUGCUCAUCCAAAAUGAACCUUCCGAUCUGCAUCGACUGCAUUACAGUCAUCUACUUGCUCUGGCAUAUUUAGAUAUGGGCGAGUACUCCAAAGCACUUGCAUGCUACGAACAAUUGCUCGAAAUUGAAAAAACAAUGUUACCUUCGAAACAUUUGGACUUGUCUUGUACAUACUGCAACAUCGGUAAUUUGCAUUCUCACAUGGGCCAGUACUCCAAAGCACUGUCGUCGUACGAACAAUCCCUUGAAAUCGAAAAAACAAUGCUACUUUCGAAUCAUCCCGGUUCGCAUAGUACAUACAACAACAUUGGUGCUUUGUAUUCAAAAAUGGGCGAGUACUCGAAAGCACUUUCGUCGUAUGAACGAUCACUUGAAAUUCGAAAAAUAAUUCUCCCUCCCAAUCAUCCUCUCUUCGCUGAUUCCUACGAUAACAUCGGUAAUUUGUAUUAUAUAAUGCGUGAUUACUCUAAAGCACUUUCAUGGCACGAACGAUCACUCGAAAUCCGAAAAAUAGCUCUCCCUUCGAAUCAUCGCUGCUUGGCUAAUUCGUACAACAACAUCGCUAAUUUGUAUUCAAAAAUGGGUGAGAACUCGAAAGCACUUUCAUGGUACGAACGAUCACUUGAAAUCUUUAAAACAGCUCACUCUCCAAAUCAUCCCGAACUGGCUUAUUUAUAUAAUAACAUAGGUAGGAUGUAUUCUGACAUGUGCGAGUACUCUAAAGCACUUUCAUACUACGAACGAUCACUUGAAAUCUACGAAAUAGCUGGCCUUUCGAAUCAUCCCGUCUUGGGUUUCUUGUGCAGCAAUGUCGGUACAUUGUAUUCAAAUAUGGGCGAGGGCUCGAAAGCACUUUCAUGGUACGAACGAUCACUUGAAAUCCAGAAAAUAGCUCUCCACCCCAAUCACCUCGACUUGGCUUCGUCGUACAACAAGCUAGGUUUGGCGUAUUCUACCAUGAACGAGUAUUUGAAAGCAGUUCCAUUGUUGGAACGAUCACUUGAAAUCCGGAAAAUAGCUCUUCCUCCCAAUGAUCCCGACUUGGCUUCUUCUUACAGCAUGUUAGGUUUGACAUAUUCUAUCAUGCGCGAGUAUUCGAAAGCACUUCCAUUGUUCGAACGAUCACUUGAAAUUCAGAAAACAGUCCUCCCUUCGAAUCAUCCCGACUUGGCUUCUUCCUACAACAGCAUUGGCUCAGUGCAUGAGAACAUGAGCGAGUACUCGAAAGCACUUUUGUCGUACGAACGAUCACUUGAAAUUCAAAAACUAGCUCUCCCUUCGAAUCAUCCUGGCUUAGCUUCUUCCUACGACAACAUCGGUAAUGUGUAUGAGAACAUGAGCGAGUACUUGAAAGCACUUUCAUCGUACGAACGAUCACUUGAAAUCCGGGAAAUAGCUCUCCCUUCGAAUCAUCUCGACUUGGCUUCUUCAUACAACAAUAUCGGUAACGUGUAUAGAAAGAUGGGCGAGUACUCGAAAGCAUUGUCAUCCUACGAAAGAUCACUUGAAAUCAGGAAAAUAGCCCUUCCUCCCAAUCAUCCUGACUUGUCUUCUUCCUAUAACAACAUCGGUGUAGUGUAUAAAAAUAUGGGCGAGUACUCGAAAGCCCUUUUUUCUUACGAACGAUCACUUGAAAUCUACAAAACAGCUCUUCCUUCGAAUCAUCCCGACCUGGCUACUUGCUACAGCAACAUCGGUAACGUGUAUAGACACAUCGGCGAGUACUCGAAUGCAUUUUUAUCGUUGGAACGAUCGCUUGAAAUUCGCAAAAUAGCUCUUCCUUCAAAUCAUCCCGACUUGGCUGUUUCCUACCUCAACAUUGGUACGGUGUAUUAUAACAUGGGCGAAUACUCGAAAGCACUUUCAUCGUAUGAACAAUCGCUUGAAAUCCAAAAAGUAGCUCUUCCUCCGAAUCAUCCGGACUUGGGUACUUCCUACAACAACAUCGCUGCUGUGUAUAUUUGCAUGGGCAAGUAUUUGGAAGGUCUUUCAUUUCUUGAAGUAACACGUAAUAUCUGGGAGACAAUUUUUCCUCCGACGCAUCCACACAUUGCAGCUAUUAAAAAUAACAUUGAUAUUGUGAAAAAAGAAUUGUGAUUGUUGUUUUUGUUUCUUUUACGCAGGACAAUAAAUUUGUCGCCUUUUUUGUAGUGUUGUGAAUCAAAGACAUUGCGGGGUAUGGGUGUGGGUUGUGGGUUGUGGGUUGUGGGUGUGGGUGUGGGUUUGGGUGUGGGUGUGGGUGGGGGUGUGGGUGUGGGUGUGGG